AGUCCUUGAACUUUUGCGAACCCUUCGUUUGCGACGAGCAUUUUAUACAUACAAGCACCAGAUUCACCAAACCAACCGGAACGACACCCUCGGGCUGUGCUCGAACUUGCUUGCGACCGAUCUAAUCGUUGCCAGAAACGUGCGACGAAUACGCCCACCGCACUUAACGUCCCCGCAUCGAUUGUUCAACAACAGGACUCCCAGCACCUGAACCCAUCUAUUCUUUGCCUUCGUACCUGUGCCGCGGCGGUCGCGCAGAUCCGUCACCAUGGCGACUCAAACACCCCCGAAGACCAUGUCUUCGCGACUCCUGACGAUGAAGUUUAUGCAAAGAGCUGCGACGACGCCGACAACAUCCAGCCCGAGCACACCUGCAUCAGAAGAGCAGUCUGCGAAGCGCCGGAAGGUUGCCCACAAGCCAGAAGACGACAGUAUUGAGGCCAUGGUGGAUCACAAAGCAGUACAACUUGCGUUGGCCGAGGAGGAGCGAAAGAGGCACGAGGCUGUACUGAGGAAUGCUGCUGCCGCCGGCGAUGCUCGAUGGGUAUUGAAUGCGCCUCAGCAUCAGUCGCUAGCAGUAAAACCGCUGUUGAAUGUUGUACAGGUUGGCUUUGCGCAAAUCGAUUCGCCAAAUACAAAAGCAGGAAACGACUCAGACGACUCGGCCAGCGAGUCGGAGACAGCUGUGCCUUUCCGGAGGUUCAACAUGGAGAAGAAGAAGAUCAAGAAGCCAAUCACAUCGGAUUCUGAAUCAGACUCCGACUCUGAUUCUGAAUCAGACUCCGACUCUGAUUCUGAUGAUUCCGGUGAUGAGCCGGCUGGACGCACCUCGUACGGUCAAAGUUCGCGUGAUUCAUCUGACCCAGACCGCGCCGCUGCUGCUCGUAGGGCUGUCAAGGCCAUGCAAGGCACGCGAACAGCCGAGCAAUCUCGAGCUGCGCAGCUAGCCGGGAAACGUCGCAAAAAGGAUGUGAAGCUGAACUCGAUAUCUUCAGGCGGCGGAGGUGGACUUUCCAGGUCUGGGUCCACUAAAAGACCCCAGACGUCGUCAGUCAAGUGCUACAAGUGUGGCAAACCUGGGCACAAAGCCACUGAAUGCAGCAAGUAAGCUCGACAUCAUCGUAUUGCGCUGUUUUGCACUACAACUUACAAGAGCAGCAGCAGCGGUCGUGAGUUGAGGGUGUACCAACACGU